AUGAUCCUCAUGCUUAUUUUUUUAAAUGGCACCUUCGUUUUCGUUUCAGUUUUGUUUGGCUAUGCUACCACAGUUAUUCCUCGUGUGUACACAUACUAUGUUUCUACGGCACUGUUUGCAAUUUUUGGCAUCCGGAUGCUUCGGGAAGGCUUGAAAAUGAGUCCAGAUGAGGGUCAGGAAGAGCUGGAGGAAGUUCAAGCAGAAAUUAAAAAGAAAGAUGAGGAACUUCAGAGAACUAAACUGUUAAAUGGGCCAGGAGAUGUGGAAUCGGGGCCAGGCACCACUAUACCUCAGAAGAAAUGGCUACAUUUUAUUUCUCCAAUCUUUGUCCAAGCUUUUACUUUAACAUUUUUAGCAGAAUGGGGUGAUCGUUCCCAAUUAACAACCAUAGUGUUGGCUGCCAGAGAGGACCCCUAUGGCGUGGCAGUGGGAGGCACAGUGGGGCAUUGCCUAUGCACUGGUUUAGCAGUUAUCGGAGGCAGAAUGAUAGCACAAAAAAUAUCGGUUAGGACUGUGACAAUCAUAGGAGGCAUUGUAUUCUUAGCAUUUGCAUUUUCUGCACUAUUUAUAAGUCCAGACUCUGGUUUUUAAACUUUUUCAUCACUGCAGAGGAACAAGGAUUGGAAGCAUCCAGCAGAGAUCCUUGUGCAUUUUUGUAUAUAAUGUACAG